AUGCGCCGACCGAGAGAAGCACUUACCCUUCCGUCAUCGUCAGUGUUUCAAAUGGAGGAACGUCUGGUGUUUGAGCGAGAAAUUUCGGGAGGCAUAAGUGAUUAUUUUGCAAAUGGCGGUGUGUGCAUCACGGGCCUGUCGCAUAGCUUUUAUCCUUUUACUGCGAUUGCUCUGUGGGCGGGAGGCGCACCGCAUUCUCCGGACGAUGUGCGCCUUCCAUUGUUGCUAUUGGCGUUGAAAACUGAUGGCGCCUUUAUGACAGCACAUGAGGCAAACCUUUUUGGUGGUACAUCUGUUGCUGGCUGUCGAUAUGCACAACUUACAUUACGGUGUUUUGGCGCAUCGUGCCCGGCUGUUCGCCCACAUCGUGACACAAGGUGUAUUCAGCUGGUGGUUUCGUUCCUGAAUGCCGCAUGGGCCUCAACUAAUGACGAUGGCGGAAAGCAGUUCGCGACAAUCUCGUCCGAGUUAGAGGAGUUUCGUGGCCCUGUUCCACUCCACAUAGUUCAGUUGCUGCUGUCAGUGCCUGCAAUCCCGACUCUGCUUGAAUGUGUUGUUCGUCGUGAGUUGGAAAGAUGUAGCAGUGAUGAAGGAAUAAGCAAGGGGUUGUUUUGUGCAUGUGUAGAGGGAUUGUUGUCGAGCGACAACUUCUUUACAUCUCACCAUUUCGAUGAAAUGGACGCCAUCCUUCGCUGCAUCAUUGGUAAAAUAGGUGACUCAUUUGACUACUUGUCAGUUCGUUGGACGCCUAUACUGAACAAGCUGAGCCGGAUUUACAUGCGACAGUGGCGGGGGGAGGCUCUAAUGUCUCUGCACGAUGAGCUUCUUGCAAAAAUUCCAGCCCUUGAGACCAAACUUCCACUGUCGUACCUUCUUCGCUGCGUUGGGAGCUUAGUGGAUGCAGGGGCGACAGGGGAGGCCGACGACGGUGGUGAUGACGCCAGAAUCUGGCGUAAAAUAGUUGCGGUAACAACUCUCGCGGUUCGUCUUUACGGAAGUUGCCAAUCCAAUUUGCAGUCGGUUUGGGUUAUCUUUUUCAAGGGCGCCAUAACACUGAAGCCUCAAUCCAUGGUGUACAUAAGGGUGGUUGAAGCGUAUCACGUGUGUGCUUCCCUGGGACACCCGGUUAUCGUGGACAAGUCUGCCUUUUCUCAAGUUGUUCGUCUUUUGGUCAGCGUUGUUGGGGUUCGUUCCCUCAAGGAAACGGCCACUGCUGUAUCUGAAUUCUAUCGAUUUCUGAAGGAGCACCCAAGUAUCAACUUUCUGUGGGUUAUAGACAGCCUUAUUCCCAUCAUGAGCGAGAUAUGGAAGGCCCACGGUGAACUUGGUUGUUCCAUUGUGCAGAACAUAACUGCUAACCUCCAGGCUGACUACUUUCCUUCGAGGUGUUUGAGUGGGAUACGACUGGGUGAUAAUCCGAUGGUUCGGCGCCUACUCGAAGAUUUCAAAGUGAUGGAAAGGUCUCAGUUUUGGUGGCGUUGCGGUUGUGGUACGCAACUCCCCUCUUGCGCACAGAGGUGCUUAACCUGCCUUCGACAAGGGAAUAUUUCGUGGACUUGUGGGGUUUGUGGCGCCCGGCACAGCGGCAGGGUCGUUGAGACGGUUUGCAACUGCGGUUCACCACACCCGAGGAUGCGAGAGGCGGAGUUGAUGGAUGUCGGAGUUUGUGAGGGCUGCGGAGAGAUAUUACCUCCCACAGGUGAAUGUGGCAAGUGUGGGGAAAUAGAUCGCGAGAAGCAAGCGACGAGGGAAUGCCCCUCCUGUGGUUGCUUAUACAGUAAGCAAGCACUGUGCUGCCCCACUUGCUAUGCAGCCAACGAGGCAAAGAGUUCUUUGCUUUGGCACUGUGAUGCUUGUGGUGAGUUUAAUCAUUCGGCUUGGUCGAAAUGCCAGCAUUGCCCCGGAAAACGAAAGGUGGGCUGCAUUGUGACCCCGUUGCAGCCGUGGGUGUGCGGGUGUGGCGGGCGGAACCAUCCCUGUCGGACGAGUUGCGAGAGUUGCUCUCUGUUGCACCGCGGCGCUUACACUUGUGCAUGCUGCAGCAUCGUGUCAACAUGCCAAAAAGCGAUUGAGGUUCCGCUGCACAACUCAAAACUACGUUUGAUUGUGUGUGAGCGUUGUGGCAAUGUUCAUCCCCGAGAUUGUAAUGUACUUUGCUCCCCAUUUCUCCCUCGCCAUUGCCACAGGUGUGGUGUGGGGUACACGCGUGAAAGCAUGCUCUCGGAGGAGUGCUGCAACGUUUGCCACACACGCCUUUGUUACGAUGAACUCAGACCGUUUUGCUGCAGUCACUGUGGGCAGAAACCUGCACAGAUUGGUUUUCAGUGCACGUCGUGCCGCGCGCCACGGGAGGAUGUUGCGGCAGCUGACGUGUAUGUAUGGAGAUGCCUUCGCGAAACAACUCCCGCCACUGCUGUGACGGGGACGCACGUUUGUGGGCAGUGGAAUUAUAGUUGGUCGGACCACUGCAUUUCGUGUAGGGAAGCGCGGGCGCGAAGUCAGUAUGAGUGCAGGGCGCGCUUCCUUCCGUGGGUUUGUGCCUCUUGCGGGAGCGAUAAUCUUCCCACCGACGUGCUGCUGUGUCCUAACUGUGAAAAUGGUUUGCAAAUGGCACCCGAAUGUUCUGUUUGCGGUUUACCGCAUCUAUCACUGGACUGCACUGUUAAGGAGGACAUCUAA